CCGCCUGCCGGCUGCCGCGCUUUGCCACACGGGGGCUCUGCCUCUCCUCGCGGCGUCCCCGUCUCUCUCCAGUCAGCCUCAUCCAGCACGAUCAUCCCCCUCUACUCGCCACACAGCAGCACACAGCCGGCCGUGCUUCAGUGCGAACAUGGUGGGCGCUUCGUGCGCUCGCAAGCUGGCCCGGCGCUCCCGCUCAGCCCUGAUCGCUGCUUUGACGGUGCUGCUGCUUCAGACGCUCAUCGUCUGGAACUUCAGCAGCCUGGACCCGGGCGAGGGAGCGGCCAGCGCCGGCUCCAGCGUCCGGGAGAAGCGGGGAGCCGCGGGCGCCGGCAACGUCGCCGGAGACUCGCUGAAAGGCGGGCAGCAUCGCCCGCUGCCGCCGGGAAAGGGGAGCGAUCGGCGCGGACAGCAGCCGGAUGGCUUCCGCUCUCACCGGCCGAAGGAGAAAAUACGGGUGGACAGCAACAACGAGAACUCCGUGCCCAAGGACUUUGAGAACAUUGACAACAGCAACUUCGGGGCGCGUUCGCAACCACAGAGGCGGACGGCCGGCCAUGGACGGGGACGGCUCGGUGAGGGGGCAGCACCGCCCCCCCGCGGCACGGGCAAGGCCUCCGACGAGGUCAUCCACUACGACGGUGCUGAGGCUGCCUCACCCGCCUCGCCAGCCUCUCCGGGUCCCAACCGCACACACUCUGCGAGCACCGGCCGGGCAGGAGGCCUGCAGCGGACAGAGGAAAGGCACCGGGGCGUCCAGCCGGCCGGCAAGCCAGCCCCCUCCGCCUCGCAGAUCACGUACGAGCAGCCGCCCAAGUGCGAGAUCGGUGGCAAAGAGGCCAUCUCAGCGCUGUCCCGCGCCAAGAGCAAGGAGUGCCGGCAGCAGAUCGCCGAGGUGUACUGCCGUCACAAGGAGGGCCGGCUUAUGCCGGAGAAGGUGACUCGCUACUGCCCCCUGGAGGGCAAAGCCAAUGUCAACGUGCACUGGGAGGACGAGUCAUGGGAGGGGGUGCCGCUGAACCCCGUCCGCAUCGCCUUCAUGCUGGUGAUCCACGGCCGGGCUGCCCGCCAGUUCCAGCGCCUCUUCAAAGCCAUUUACCACUCGGCCCAUUUCUAUUACGUCCACGUUGACGAGCGUUCCAGCUACCUGCACCGCCAAGUGGUGACCCUCUUGAGGCAGUAUCCCAAUGUGCGGGUGACGCCUUGGCGCAUGUCCACCAUCUGGGGCGGAGCCAGCCUGCUCACUAUGUACUUGCGGAGCAUGAAGGACCUCCUGGCCAUGAGCGACUGGAGCUGGGACUUCUUCAUCAACCUCAGCGCUGCUGACUAUCCAAUCAGGACCAAUGAUCAGCUGGUAGCCUUCCUGACCAAAUACCGCGACAUGAAUUUCAUCAAGUCCCACGGGAGAGACAACGCCCGGUUUAUCCGCAAGCAGGGCCUGGACCGCCUCUUCUAUGAAUGCGACACCCACAUGUGGAGGUUGGGGGACCGCAAGAUCCCCGAGGGCAUCUCCGUGGACGGGGGCUCUGAUUGGUUCCUGCUCAACCACGCCUUCGUGGAGUAUGUGGUCACCUCCCGUGACGACCUAGUCACCAGCAUGAAACGCUUCUACUCCUAUACCCUGCUGCCCGCAGAGUCUUUCUUCCACACGGUCCUGGAGAACAGCGCCCACUGCGGGAGCAUGGUGGACAACAACCUGCGCAUCACCAACUGGAACCGCAAGCUGGGCUGCAAGUGCCAGUACAAGCACAUCGUGGACUGGUGCGGCUGCUCGCCCAACGACUUCAAGCCGGCCGACUUCCACCGCUUCCAGCAGACAGCCAGGCCCACCUUCUUCGCCCGCAAGUUCGAGGCGAGCGUGAACCAGGAGGUGGUGAACCAGUUGGACGCCUUCCUGUUUGGCGCGGUGCCCGCCGACACGCCAGGCCUCAAGGCGUACUGGGAGAACGUCUUCGACGAGGCCGACGGCGUGCACAGCCUGAAGGACGCCCAGCUCACGCACUACCACGCCUUCGGCCGCAUGGGGCUGGCCCGCGCCGCCAGCUCGCUGCAGGGGGAUGGCCGCGACCGCAGCUGCAGGUAUUCCCCAACGGGCCACCCAGCCUCCGUCCACCUCUACUUUUUGUCCGACCAAUUCCAGGGCUACCUGGUGAGGCAUCGUGCCACCAACCUGGCCACUGGGAAGCUGGAGACACUAGAGACCUGGGUCAUGCCCAGAAAGGUCUUCAAGAUGGCCAGCAAACCCAAUGGUGGCGUGAGCAGGCUGCAGUUUGCUGAGAUCGGAACAGACUGGGACGCCAAGGAGAGGAUGUUCCGCAACUUUGGGGGCCUGAUGGGGCCCUUGGAUGAGCCCAUCGGGAUGCAGAAGUGGGGCAAAGGGCCGAAUGUGACGGUGACGGUGGUCUGGAUCGACCCCACCAACGUCAUCGCCGCCACCUACGACAUCCUGGUGGACGCCGGUGCCGAGUUCACGCACUACAGGCCCCCGCUGAACCUGCCGCUGCGGCCCGGCGUCUGGACCGUGCGCGUGCUGCACCACUGGAACCCCGUGGCUGAGACGCGUUUCCUGAUCACGCCGCUGACCUACAGCCGACAACAGCCUAUCCAGCAAGGCGACACCCUGAAGCUCCACAACGGCCCCACCAAGAACAGCUACAUGGAGCAGAGCUUUCAUGGCCUGAACCCCGUGCUGAACAUCCCCGUGCACCUGGGCCAGGUGGAGGCGGCCAAGAGGAACGCCGCACUGACGGGGCCCGAGCUGGAGCGCUGGGUGGACGGCCUGGUGGGGGUGCUGUGGGCCGCGGCAGACGUCUGUACCGUUGGGUCCAGUGCCUGUCCCGUCACACAGGCGUGCCGGAAGACGGCCUGGAGUUCCCUUAGUCCAGACCCCAAAUCCCAACUGGGACCGCCUCGGGCUGACGGCCGCAUCAGGUAGCGCCCCCAUCUGGCCGAACAGAUCCAUAGCGCUCCUUAAUUAAACUUUUCCCUAGUAAAUGUAAGUGCGUUACUCCUAAUCCCACAAAUGGGAUUCAGAGGUGUGUUAGGAAUAGGCUCCUAUGAUUUCAGCGGAGGUCUGCGGGUUUUCGGUCUGGAAGAUUCUCUUUUAUUUAACUGAAUGGUUUUACUGUGAUUCUUUGUUUGACGUAUCAAAUUGGGACAGACAGAGCUUGACAGAAUGUCUCCAAAUUUUACUACUGAGUUAUACGGUUAAUCGGAGCACACCGCUGAGUACGCAGACCUCCAGUGGGUCCUCAGAGCAGCGACGCUGCCUCGUUUACCCGGCCCGGACCCCUGAACCGGACCCUACAGUGCGUGAUUGGGUCUGGCCCAGACCUUUUUUAAAUAUUAUUAUUUUAUUUUUAAUUGAAGCUGCACCAGUAAAAGCCAGACACGCUGUGGUGUCUCCAAGGUGGGGGGAGGGGGGGUUUGUAUUUAUUAUUUUUAUAUUACGUUAUACGUUUCACUGUCAGACUCUGUCCAAAACUUGAAGUACCGACUUGCUGGCUCUUAAGGGUCUUAAAUUUACUUUCUGUUUCUACAUAAUCUUUCUGUUGCAAUGAGAAAAAUAAGAAGGACACCAUGUAGGAAGAGUCGGUUAAAAGUUAGCUAUUUAUUGAUAAGUUUAUAUAUAUAAAUAGACAUAUUUUAGUCAGUGACUAAUGACUGCGUGCUGCGUUGGCAGCUUGGAGAGUUUUUUUUGUAAACGAGCCUUUAUUUACAAAGGCCUUGGCUCAAGCCUGCCCCUGCAGGCUGACGCCUUUGUCUCGACAGUCCAGUCUACGUAGACGUCCUCGUCCUGAUUCGCAUAGAUGUCCUCGUCCCGAUUCGCAUGGGCGUCCUCCAUUCAGUCACUGACUGGCCGCUUUACAAGCACGUCACGUGUGAUCUUUGUGUUCAG